AUGGAACUGGUAACCUUUGAGGAAGUGGCUGUGCAUUUCACCGAGGAGGAGUGGUUGCUGCUGGAUCCUGACCAGAGAGCUCUGCAUAAGGAAGUCAUGGAAGAGAAUCGUGGGCUCUUGGCUUCACUUGAUGACUGGAAGGAAAGAAGGAUAUGUUCCAAGUGUGGGAAGUGUUUUACGCCCAAACUGGGCCUUUCCAGGCAGCAAAGAACUCACACAGAAGGAGAACAUCAUGCCAGAAACAACUCGUACAGGGGCAACGUCUGUUGGAAAUGUUUUGCCCCAAAGAGGAUGCUCACACUUCACAGGGGGGAUCACCGUGGAAAGAGAAACUUCCGAGGUGAACGGAUGGGGAAACCUGUUCCUUUCAAGGCAUACCCUUUGCGCCACCAAAGAGUCUGCAGCAGAGAGAACCUACACAAAUGCCAGGAGUGUGGGAAAUGUUUCGCUCUGAAGUCACACCUUGUGAAACAUCGAAGCGUCCAUACAGCUGAGAAAUCCACCCAAUACCAGGAGUAUGAGAAGUGUUUCCCCCAGAAUUCAGACGUGUUGACUCACCGGAAAGACAGUGCAGAAGAGAAACCAUACAAACGCCAGAUGUGGGAGAAAUGCUUUGCUCUUAAUUCACAAUCUGUGGACCAUCAGAGAGUACACAUAGAAAAGAAGCCCACUUGUGGACCAUAA